GUACAGUCUGGGGCCUCUGGGCGGCUUUCCUGUUUUGAAGUAUAGACCAUAAGAUGAAAAGCAACAAGGAGAGCUCCAACUGGCAACUGCCACAGUGCCACCCACCCUCCGCCGGGCCCUCACAGUUUUUGGUGGAUCAGAUGUGGGCAUUGUCGCUCGCGCUUCUUAAAGUUACAGUAAAACACACAUGCACGGAAAAGUAGAGAACACACAAUCUUAUGAAAUACGCCUAUCAGGCAUUUGUUCUAAUGCCUCAACCACUCUUUUUCCUAUAUCUUCCACCGUCUUUCUCCCAUUUGUUUACUCGUUUCUUUCAUUUAUCCCUCUCACCUUCUCUCUCUCUCUCUCUCUCUCUCUCUCUCUCUCUCUCUCUACUGCUACUGUGUCUGUAGUUGUGGCAUCACUUUCUGGCCCCUAAACUUGCUUCUCACUUCUGUGAUAAACCUCUCCGGCUAACUGUUUUCCAACCCAAACAACACAUUUCCCACUUUUGUUUUUGGCUCAUUAUCUCAGCUGGAAAGGAGUUUGGGGGUCAUCUCAUCUAUGGAAGCUGCUAAUUCUGGGGAGGAUUGUCCAGUGAAAGUGGCAGUUCAUGUUAGGCCACUCAUCGGAGAUGAGAAGCUCCAGGGUUGUCAAGAUUGUGUUACUGUGGUCCCUGGGAAGCCUCAGGUCUUAAUUGGAUCACAUUCCUUUACUUUCGACCAUGUUUAUGGAAGCACUGGUUCUUCUCCAUCCUCUAUGUAUGAAGAGUGUGUUGCCCCUCUUGUUGAUGCCUUGUUUGAAGGAUAUAAUGCCACCGUUCUCGCCUAUGGUCAGACAGGUUCAGGAAAGACUUACACCAUGGGUACUGGUUUCAAAGACGGAUGCCAAACAGGAAUUAUUCCCCUAGUUAUGAAUGCUUUGUUCAACAAAAUUGGAACCUUGAAGCACCAGACUGAAUUCCACCUGCAUGUGUCCUUCAUUGAGAUACAUAAAGAAGAAGUGCGAGAUUUGCUGGAUCCCAGUUCUCUUAACAGAUCAGAAACAGCAAAUGGGCAUGUUGGGAAACCGUCAAUACAAAUCCGUGAAACAUCCAAUGGUGUUAUUACAUUGGCAGGGUCCACAGAACGUAGUGUCAGAGAUCUGAAAGAAAUGGCUGAUUGCCUUGAGCAAGGGUCACUGAGCAGAGCAACAGCCAGUACUAAUAUGAACAAUCAGUCGAGUCGCUCACAUGCCAUCUUCACCAUAACAAUGGAGCAGAUACGCAAGGUGAAUCCAAUGGUUUCCAGUGAUGGAAAUAAUAAUAGCAUGACUGAAGAACAUCUUUGUGCCAAGUUUCAUUUGGUGGAUCUUGCUGGAUCAGAACGAGCAAAAAGAACUGGAUCAGAUGGUCUUCGUUUUAAAGAAGGAGUUCACAUUAACAAGGGGCUUCUUGCACUAGGAAAUGUUAUCAGUGCCCUUGGGGAUGAGAAAAAGCGGAAAGAAGGUGUCCAUGUUCCAUAUCGAGAUAGUAAACUCACUCGGUUAUUGCAGGAUUCACUGGGCGGUAACAGUAGAACUGUCAUGAUAGCGUGCAUUAGCCCUGCUGAUAUAAAUGCUGAAGAAACUCUUAACACUCUAAAGUAUGCAAAUCGAGCUCGGAAUAUUCAGAACAAGCCAGUUAUUAACAUCGACCCAGUAUCCAAUGAGAUGCUGAAAAUGCGCCAACAACUAGAGUACUUGCAGGCAGAACUCUGUGCCCGAGGGGGAGGUGCUUCAUGUGAUGAAAUACGGGCGCUCAAGAAUAGAAUUGCUCUUCUUGAAAGUACUAAUGAAGAGCUAAGUCGGGAACUACAUGAGUACCGCAGCAAAUGUGCUGGCACUGAACCAUGUGGAGUAGAUGCUAAAGUAAGUGGUGCUUUUUCUGCAAAAAGUGAAGGGCUAAAAAGGGGGCUACAAAGUAUAGAGUCAUCUGAUUAUCCAAUGAGUGAAAAUGGUGAUCCUGGAGAAAUGGAUGAUGAAGCAGCAAAAGAAUGGGAAUAUGCUCUUCUGCAAGAUUCUAUGGGCAAAGAACUAAAUGAGUUAAACAGACGUUUGGAAGAAAAAGAGUCUGAGAUGAAGCUUUAUGGAGGCGUUGACACAAUGGCUCUUAAGCAACAUUUUGGAAAGAAAAUUUUGGAACUUGAAGAGGAGAAAAGAGCUGUGCAGCGAGAAAGAGAUCGCUUGUUAGCUGAGGUUGAAAACCUUGCUGCAAAUUCUGAUGCCCAGAAAUUGCGAGAUAUGCAUGCCCAGAAACUCAAAUCCCUUGAAGCACAGAUACAAGAUCUUAAGAAGAAACAGGAGAGCCAGGUUCAUCUUGUAAAGCAAAAACAAAAGAGUGAUGAAGCUGCAAAAAAAUUACAGGAUGAAAUACAAUCAAUCAAGGCACAGAAGGUCCAAUUGCAACACAAGAUUAAACAAGAGGCUGAACAAUUUCGGCAAUGGAAGGCGUCUAGGGAGAAGGAACUAUUGCAGUUAAAGAAGGAGGGGCGAAAAAAUGAGCAUGAGAGACACAAACUCCAAGCAUUGAAUCAGCGGCAAAAGAUGGUUCUCCAGAGAAAGACAGAAGAGGCUGCAAUGGCAACCAAGAGGCUGAAAGAGUUGCUAGAAGCACGAAAAUCUUCAUCACGAGAAAAUUCAGUGAAUAGCAAUGGAAAUGGAGCAUACGGACUGAACAAUGGGAAGUCCUUACAACGUUGGCUUGAUAAUGAGCUUGAAGUAAUGGUCAAUGUUCAUGAAGUUCGUUACGAGUAUGAGAAGCAAAGUCAAGUUCGAGCUGCAUUAGCAGAUGAGCUAGCUGUUCUGAGACAAGUCGAUGAAUUUAGGUCAAAUGGUAUCAGCCCUCCAAGAGGAAAAAAUGGUCUCUUUAGGGCAUCUUCAAUGUCACCCAAUGCUAGAAUGGCUAGAAUUGCUUCUCUUGAGCAGAUGCUAAGCAUUUCAUCAAACUCACUAGUUUCAAUGGCUUCACAGCUUUCAGAAGCAGAAGAACGGGAGCAAGCCUUCAGCAACCGUGGACGUUGGAACCAGCUGCGCUCCAUGGGGGAUGCAAAAAACUUGCUUCAACAUAUGUUCAAUUCUCUUGCAGACACAAGGUGCCAAAUGUGGGAGAAGGAACUUGAAAUCAAGGAAAUGAAAGAGCAAAUGAAACAAUUGAUCGGUGUAUUGCAACAAAGUGAAAUCAAAAGAAAGGAAAUUGAGAAGGAGCUGAAAUUGAGAGAGCAUGCUGUUGCAGUUGCUUCCUCCAUGUCAGCUUUGGGAAACUCCAACAAGCACUCGGAUGAUAGCUUGAGCGUUCCCUUAUCUCCAGUAUCAGUGCCAGCACAAAAACAACUAAAAUAUACAGCUGGGAUUGUAAAUGCUUCAGUCAAAGAGUCUGCAGCGUUUAUAGACCAAGCACGAAAGAUGGUGCCGAUGGGACAGCUGUCGAUGAAAAAAUUAACAAUGGUAGGGCAGGGUGGGAGGUUGUGGAGGUGGAAGAGAAGUCAUCAUCAGUGGCUAUUGCAGUUCAAAUGGAAAUGGCAGAAACCUUGGAGACUCUCUGAAUUGAUUAGACACAGUGACGAAACCAUCAUGAGGGCAAAGCCUCAUACGCGGACUCUGCCUGAUAUCGUGUGUAGAAAAAGGCAGUAGCCCGGUUAAGAAUGUAUAUUCUUUUCUUGCCUCGUUCAACCCCUAAAUGCACAAUAAGGUGCCUGCAAAUAAGGUCAGGUCGCAUUGCGUGUGUCUAGAUGUGGAUUCAGGCGUAAUGGUAUAAUUUUUUGACGGGGUGAACGAGUUUAGCAAACUUAAACAAUAAUCAGCAGAGGAUGUUGUGAAUGUGUUGAUUGAUGCUACAUAGGCCCAACCAAAUAAUCAGAAGAGAGAGCUGAAUGAGGUUUGGAUGGUACAUAUUCAGAUUUGUGUAUAGAUUUGGUGAAUAACAAGUGUCUUGAAAGACCAGUUGUUUGUUAGGUCACAGCAACAUGCCAGAAAGGUCUUUGAUGAAUGUUUUUUUUGUCUUCAAUCUCAUGUUUUUUUUUCCUCAACAAAAUUGUGUACAUCAGUUGUUAUGAGUACAUGUUUGGUGAGUUGGGACUUGUUGUAUAAAUACAAUCCAACUAACUUUUUAAUGGAUUGUAACUUUCAUAAAUGAGUAUGAAAUAUCAAUGUUCUUAGGUAGCAGA